CCCCAGUAGAGAAAAUGACAUCCAGACUUCCCCACUACGCUUUCCUCUCUUCCAACCUCCCUUCUUCAUUGCAUCAUCAUUCUUCUUCUUCUUCUUCUUCUCCAAUCCCAGUUUCUGAUCCUUCCAUCAUUCAAUAUCCUUUCCCGAUCAUCGAUGCAGGUCUUCCGCCAGAGCUCUUCCUACGAUGUCAAUCGCUGGCCGCCUGGCGUCCGCUUCUACCCAACUGAUGAGGAGAUCGUAAUGCAAUUUUUGAAGCCCAAGAUAUGUGACCCAAAAAUUCAGUCCGACUACGUCACCGAUAUCGAUUUCUAUAAGUCGGAGCCCGAGGAGUUACCUGGACUUUCUAAGCUAAAAAAUGGUGAUAGAUUAUGGUAUUUCUUCAGUCCAAUAGUUCUGAAGUUCGGAAAUGGGGCAAAAUCAGUGAGGACAACCAGACAUGGUUUUUGGAAAGCUACUGGUAAGAAAGUGUUGGUUAAAAGUAAUGGUCGCACUGUAGGAAUGAGGAGGACAUUUGUUUUCUAUAAACGUCGUGCCUCUAUCCGUGAGCGUACCGACUGGGUAAUGCACGAAUACACCUUAGAUGAGAAGGAGCUGAAGAGAUGCCCAAAUGUGCAGGUCUGUUAUGCUGUUUGUAAGGUCAGGGAAAAGAGUGGACCUGGUCCGAGAAUUGGCGAGCAGUAUGGAGCACCAGUCAAUGAUGACUCAGUUGAUCAAGUGGUGCUGGUUGAGGAAUCUGAGAUGGAUAGUGUUGUUCUUGAUUCACAAUAUCAUAGCCUUCCGAGGUCCAUUGAAACGUUUGAUUCCGAGCAGCAGCCGAGUAAGGCACCAGAAAGCCUCAACCUUACUGAGUCAGAUAUGUCUCAAUUGCCACCGUCCCAGACACCCAACGCUGAAUUCGUCUUUAACGUUUCUGAACUAGCUAGUUGUUCAGGGGAUGGCGAUUUUCUGGAAAUGGCGGAUUUUUGUGGUCCUGCAGCUUGUUUAAACACUGAAAACCCAUCUGGAUCUGGGAACUUGUCGUAUGAAGACUUGAACGCUUCGAUGGAUGAGCUCGAUCGAUGGCAUGAUGUGGAGACGUUUUUAAAGGAAAUGGGUAUGUCUCUAGAUGAUUUAGGGCCUUCUGAGGAUGAUGGAACUGUUCCAAUGGCAGAGCAGAAUGAAAAUGUGAAUCAUGCAGCAAACCCCAUGGAUGUUCCGUUACAAUCCAUAAUGAAAUCCUCUUCUCAAGAAAAAUGACGCAUUUUUAUUAUUAUUUUUCCAUUUAUUCUUGAUCUUAAAGAAAUAGAGAAAUUGGUGUAUAAAUGGAUGGAAUUAUAUCCAUGAAAUUAGAAGUAAUUUGUAGCAUAAAUUUUGUUGGUGUGAGAGAUUUUGUAGUUGCGUCAAUUCUGGUUGAAGUUUUGAUCCAA